GGUGAAUUGUCUUGAGAAACACCAAAGCUCAUAAUCAUGACGGCAACUGACAAAAAACAAAACCUUUUGCUGCUCUUCGAUCGCCCUCAAGAACCGGUAUUCAUUCCAAAGGGUCCCAAGAAGAGUAGCUUCAAUGUUCCUCAAAGCUAUUUGGCUGAUCGGUAUAAACCAAUCGGGGUAGAAUUGUUUAAUCGAUUCGGAGAAGACGCAUCCGAGAAGAUUCCAGUCAAGGAAAUUGCGCUGCCAAAUUUGGGCGAAAUUUUGGAUCUGGGUCGUCAUGAGAAUUUCUCCCUGUUCUUGCCAAAGCACCGUAGAUUGGCAGGUCGUCUGAUCGACAUUUUCCUUGGAAUGAGAAAUGUUGAUGAAUUGCAAUCCAUUGCUGUCUUCUCUCGUGACCGUGUGAAUCCGUACUUGUUCAACUACGCUCUGUCUGUUGCUAUACUUCAUCGCAAGGACACUCAGGAUCUGGAUUUACCUUCCUUUAUUCAAUCUUUCCCUGAUAAAUAUGUCGACAGCAAAGUAUUCACCAGAGCCAGAGAAGAAGCUACAAUUGUUCCUGAUGGAAAUAGGGAACCAAUUGAAAUUCCAAGAGAUUACACCGCUUCCAACUUAGAAACGGAGCAUCGUCUUGCCUACUUCCGUGAAGAUUUGGGUAUCAAUUUGCAUCAUUGGCAUUGGCAUUUGGUUUAUCCAUUCGAGGGAUCUCCUACUGUAGUCAACAAGAACAGGCGCGGUGAACUUUUCUACUACAUGCAUCAACAGAUUAUCGCUAGAUACAACUUCGAACGUCUCAGCAACAAAUUGAAGCGCGUAGAAAGGUGGACAGAUUGGAAGGCUCCAAUUGAAGAAGCUUACUUCCCGAAGUUGGACAGUUUGGUUGCUAGUAGGGCUUGGCCAGCUCGCGUCGCCCGCCAAACCAUUUCCAAUUUGAACAGGGAAGUUGAUCAAAUCCAACAAGAUGUUGAUGAUUUGAUCCGCUGGAGGGAUAGGAUUUACGCUGCCAUUCAUUCUGGAUUUGUUACCAAUGAAAGUGGACAACAAAUCCCGUUGACUGAAAACGAAGGUAUCGACAUCCUGGGCAACAUCAUGGAAUCAAGCAACUUGUCUCCAAAUAGGACUUUCUACGGAGACAUGCACAACAUGGGACACGUUUUCAUUUCUUACAUCCAUGACCCUGAUCACAGGCAUUUGGAAUCAUUUGGCGUUAUGGGAGAUUCGGCUACAGCCAUGAGGGAUCCUAUUUUCUACCGUUGGCACGCAUACAUCGAUGAUAUGUUCCAAGAGUACAAAGCAACCUUACCGAGAUACAAUGAAGAAAACUUGAAUUAUCCUGGAGUAACUGUCGAUAAAAUCGAAGUUAUGGUUCAAGGAGGAAAACCCAAUAUGUUGAACACCUUCUGGCAACAAUCAGAUGUCGAUUUAUCUCGUGGCAUGGACUUCCAACCUCGCGGUCCAGUAUUCGCUAGAUUUACACACUUGCAACAUCAACCAUUCACCUACAAUAUCACUGUGAAUAACCAGGCCGGAGCUGGCAAGAUGGGUACCUGCCGUGUCUUCCUCGCUCCUAAAUUUGACGAAAGGGGCAACCCAUGGUUGUUCAGAGAUCAAAAGAAUCUCUUCAUCGAACUUGAUAAAUUCGUGGUGACACUUCGUCAGGGCAUGAACACCAUUACUAGGACUUCUGAUCUAUCUUCUGUGACUAUUCCAUUUGAACGCACUUUCCGUAACCUCGAUAACUCGAGACCAACCGGAGGUGAAGCUUUGGCACAAUUCAACUUCUGUGGUUGCGGAUGGCCCGCACACAUGUUGCUUCCUAUGGGAAGCCCCGAAGGAUUCCAAUGUCAACUGUUCGUUAUGAUUUCUAACUACGAACUCGAUAGGGUCAACCAGACUACGGAAGGUGUGUGCAACGACUCUGCUAGUUACUGUGGAAUCAAGGACAAGCUGUACCCUGACCGCAGGUCUAUGGGUUAUCCAUUCGACCGUAUGCCACGUCCCCGUGUUGACACUCUUCAGCAAUUCUUGACAACCAACAUGAGGGUACAAGAUUGCAUCAUCAAAUUCACCGAUCGCGUGGUCCAGAGACCAGCCGCACGCACUUAAAGUAUUUAAUGAAGACCAUGGCAUAAUUUUUUGAAUUCGACAUAAUUGAUAUGUAGCAAAAUGAAAAUAA